AUGGACUCUGAAGAGAAGACCUCGGCUGACGUUCGGGAGGGGAACCCCCCGGUGCCUGCUAAGAGCGAGGAACCCAAGGCCCCUGCUGUCGAGAAUGGCACCAAGUCUCCCGAUGGAGAACCAAAGGCCGGCGAUAGGACCGACGGGAACAAGAAGCCGGCGAAGGACAAGUGCUCCAAGAAACACGCCACGAGCAAGCAGAAAAAGCCGAAAAAGAAGACAUCUCUUGACGACGCAGCCUCCGAUUCUGCCAGCAGCGACAGCGGAGACGCUACAUCGUCCGAUUCUGAGUCAGACGACAGUCAGUCCGAGUCGGAAAGCGCCAAGAAGAAGCGCGUGACGAAGAGGCGGCAAGACGAGCAGAAGACCAAGAAGAAGGUGCGCGCAAGAAAGCAGAAGAAGGCUGUUAGGGCGCAGGAGUCUUCCACAUCAGGGUCCGAUUCAGAUUCAUCUGCAAGCGGGGACAUUGAUAGCUCCGAUGAGGACGACGGCCAGAGUCAGUCAGGCCUGGCGAAACAACUCCAGCUCCUUCUCCUACAGCAGCAGCAGCAGCAGCAGCAGCACCAAGGGGGCGGCUCAUAUCAAUAUCCACCCGGCGGUCACCAAUACAAUCAAGGCCUCAACAGCAUCCCUCCACCCAUCUAUGACACUGGUCUGCGUAACAACCCGCCACGUGCCCGCCGUGGAGGGCACCACUCCUCUGGACGGGGCCUCGGCCUUGGUGGCCUCGAUCCCAAUCUUCUACUUGAUGGAAAGCAGCAGAGAGACAAGCGCAAACGGCAAAAGGCCACCAAGCUAGAUUAUAAACGUGUCGAUCAAGUUUGGGACAACACGAUCCACAACUACAAGCUCCAGGACACUACUGAGGGCACCGUUGACGCUCAGUACGAUGAGUUCAUAUUCCACGUCCGCCGCACCUUCGAUUGGGAGGGUAAGUAUAAGGCGACCAUUGUCGACAUUAAGAGCAAGCUCCUUCGCGAGUGCCUGCAGGACGUGAUGGGGAACAUUAAGGGCGUCAGCUUGGUUGAGGAGACGCCGAAGCUCGACCCAAACAUGCUCUUUCUGUACCUCGAGGACCUCCGUAAACACAUGAAGGAGCUGAAGAAGAAGGGAAAAGCCGUCAAGGGGGACAAGCACGAUCGGAAGAAGGAACAGAAGCGCAUCGAGACCAAGCGCCAGCAUCUGAAAGUGCUCCUCAAGUACAUCGAUAAAGACUACGCAGACACCAAGAACAGUCUUUACCCCAUGCUGGAGAAUGGCCUCAUCACAUUUGACCUCCUCUGGGCCUUGUGGAAACCCAAUACCCUGGCCUACACAACCACAUACGGUUCACACGACGAACCGCGCGUGUUCAAGGUCGAGAUGGCAGAGAAACAUUAUAGUAUCAUGAAGGGUGAAUACUACCACAUUGAGGGCAAGUACUUCGAGUACGAUGGAAAGCAGUUCGGGUUUGGAAGCAUGUCUGAGGAGGUUGGCGACUUCCGUGGGGCGCGUAAAAUCACGAGCCUCGGGUGCUACCCUCUCAAGUACCACAAGAACGAGAGCCAGCUGCGCCGUGAUUUGAUUGAGCGUGGCAAGAAAUUCGUGGCCCUGAGCGGGGUGCACUACAAAAGCCACCAGGGAAUGGCCUACUACAAGAAGAAGCGGGCUAUCAUCAAGGUCAAUAUCAACGGACGCAUCAUGGUGGAUCCCAGCAUUCACCGCCGCAUCAACCCCAAUUACCCCAUCUCGCUCGUUAGGCCCAAGGACCAUGAUAUCAUCUCUGACGACGAGGAUUCUGACGACGAAUCCGGAUGCGGCUGCGAUUCCGAUGCGAGGGUCGACGGCGAUGAGAAGAUCAAGUAUGUGACCAAGGUUACAAAGGAUCGAAAGGGUAAUAUACAAUAUUACCGCAUGGCCAAGUUCGACGACGAGGAAGAAGGGAAGGAGAAGCUCGACCAAGAAGACAACAAGAAGCCACCCGAGUUCACCGACGAGGAGUACUUGAUUGCAUCCCCAGUAGUGCUUGGGUUUGCGUUUGCAGAGAAGCUUUGGUUAGAGUUCACCGUUUCUGGUGUCAAGGAAAUUCAGUGGAACGAAACUGCUUACGAGUCCCUUGUGCUCGAACCCAAGACGAAGGAUAUAGUCAAGGCACUGGUCGAGUCCCACAAGUAUCAUGCGGCCGAAAGCAUCGACGAUGUCAUUCAAGGCAAGGGCAAGGGUCUAGUCGCUGUCCUUCACGGUCCUCCCGGAACCGGCAAAACACUGACGGCGGAAGGCAUUUCGGAACUCCUCAAGUGUCCGCUCUACAUGGUAUCGGCUGGCGAGCUUGGCACGGACUCGCGCUUCUUGGAGAGCGAACUCCAGAAGAUCCUUGAUAUCUGCCAUGCCUGGGGCGCAAUCCUCCUCCUGGACGAAGCCGAUGUCUUCUUGGAGAAGCGGAACAUGCACGACAUUCACCGAAACGCUCUCGUCAGCAUCUUCCUACGUCAGCUCGAGUAUUUCCAGGGCAUCCUGUUCUUGACCACAAACCGAGUCGAGACGUUUGACGACGCCUUCCAAUCGCGCAUCCACAUUGCGCUGCGGUACGACAACCUGGACCACCGUGCCAAGAAGGCUAUCUUCAAGAUCUUUAUCGAGCGCGUGCGGGUUCUGGAGAAGGUCAACCUGAUGCCCUUCACCGAGGAGGACUACAACCUGCUGGCUCGGCACGAGCUCAACGGGCGACAGAUCAAGAACACGCGUUUUCUCCUUCCAACAUACAACAGUGACGGCAUCGAGUCCGCAAUCCCGGCAGAAGAAGUCACCCAAGUAGCGCUUCGUAUCCGGCAUCUGAUCGAGCAGUGUGUGCCAUGCGAGCUGCAUCCGGAGCAAAUCACACACCCGCACAGCAAGGUCAUCACGCCCAAGGUGAUCAAGGCGGCCAAGGAAGCCGGCGGCAGUGACCAUGGCGCCUGCGUCGUGUUCUGCCUGCUCAUCAACAAGCGCUGGUGGAAACACCAGGCCCUGAUGGAGCUGUGGGAUGCCGACCUCCACCAACUCCGCGCCACGGCCAUUGAGUCGGAGCAAGACCAUGACCAUCUCAUGCACUCGGUCCUGCUGAAGCGCUACUCGAUCCUGGUCAACGGACAGCCAACGAAGCCCGUCAAUGUCAUUGAAAAGGCGGUCGACCUGCACGCCUUGCGCGUCAUUGGUUCGUCUGGCUACCAAAAGUGCAUCAACUACAUCUGGCGCGGGUGGCUGGUUCAGGACGAGGACGAUCCGGCCACCUUUGUCGAUUACAAGGACAAGGACAACCAGUCGUACAUUGCCCACCUCGACCCGGACCGCAUGCGGGCGCCCAUGUACCAGAACGCCGCGCAGAUGCUCAUCUCAUUUAUCUACCUUGCCCUGUACACGGGCGCCAUGAACACGGUCAAUGUCGACGCGGGCAUCGACUUUGUCGAGGGUCUCCUCUAUGUCUUCACCUUUGGUUUUAUUUGCGAUGAGUUGGCCAAGUUCUGGAAGGCGGGCUACCACAUUCUGGGCUUCUGGCACGCCUUGAACUCGGUCCUGUACGGCCUCCUGACCACCAGCCUUAUUCUACGCUUCAUCGCCCUGGGCCAUAGCUCGGACGAUCCCGACGGGCGCCGGAACCACUACAGCAAGUUGAGCUACAACUUUCUGGCCGUUUGCGCCCCUUUGUUUUGGACCAGGCUGUUGUUGUACCUGGACAGCUUCCGCUUCUUUGGCGCCAUGAUGGUGGUGCUCAAGGUCAUGAUGAAGGAGUCCAUCAUCUUUUUUGCUCUCCUAGGAGUCCUCAUUGCGGGCUUCCUGCAGGCCUUUGUAGGCCUCGAUUAUGCCGAGGACCGGACCAUUGAUGACAUCCGCUUCAUCAUUCAGUCCAUGGCCAACGCCAUGAUGCAGUCCCCUGAUUUCUCCGGCUUUGAAAGGUUCCAGCCGCCGUUUGGUUUGAUUCUAUACUACAUUUUCACGUUUGUCGUCAUGGUGAUACUCCUUAACAUCCUCAUUGCCCUGUACAACUCGGCGUACGAGGACAUUUACGACAACGCCAACGACGAGUACCUAGCCAUGUUUGCCCAAAAGGCCAUGACCUUUGUCCGCGCGCCCGACGAGAACGUGUACAUCCCGCCUUUCAACCUGAUUGAGAUAUUCCUCAUCGCCCUGCCGUUCGAGUGGUGGAUGGACAAGAAGACGUACGAGCGCCUCAACGACUUUGUCAUGGGCGUCAUUUACUUCCCGCUGCUGCUCGUCGCGUCCUACUUUGAGAUGCGCACGGCAGCCGAAAUACGCGCCAACCGCGCCCGCGGCGACGACGAUGAUGACACUGUUGAGGAGUGGGAGCAGAUUUUGGAUCGUGUCGACUUUGAGGCUGAUGGUUGGAAUAAGCGCGUCGAUGCCGCGAAGAGUAAUCUGGAUGAAGACCCGGCUGUGGCGGAGGUUAGGAGGCUUAGGGAAGAGGUGGAUAAGUUGAAGGAGAUGAUUGUUGAGCUCCAUCAUGCCGUCGGUGGGGUGGGGAACGGUAAUGGUGAGGGGAGCGGGAGCUGA